AUGCAUUCAGUUGAUGAGUUCUUGCAGACCACAUCUCGAUGGAUGAGACAGAGCAGUUCUGCCAAGGUGAUAAUCAUCUUGAUGGCGCUGCUAUCCCUGUUUUCAGGAGUGAUGCAGACGCUGGUGCUAAAGUGGCAGAACCGGAUGCGAGUUCUUUCGUGUACUCGAGACCCGGUGACAGGUCUGUCCACCUGUACCGAGAAGUAUUUCCAUCAGGCUUUCAUCCAGACCUUCGUGAUGUUCCUUGGAGAAUGUCUGGCGGUGCCGUUUAUCCUCCUUUCUAACAAGAGUUCCACCGGGACGCGUGACGAUUUUCGCACGGAGGUUUUAUCCAGAGAAGCCGAACAGAGUACCCGCCUCACAUCCCCCGACACCUCCCCAAAUCACCGUUCACAUCAACACGGGGACCGGGUGGCUUAUCGGGACAGGAUCUCUCACGGAAACACAGGGCGUCCACGGGGUCCGCAAUCGGCGAUGGAGAACGUGGAGCUGGUGGGUGGUCGGCAAUCGCCGUGGAAUCCGACGGUGGCGGAUUUGAAGCAGGAUUUUGUUCGCGGAUUUCCGUUAUCACAUUCUUUUUCGUUAGAUCCUGAAGACGUACGGUCGUUGGAUGCGCGUUCACUGGAGACGAGUGGGGGAGGUUUACGGACAGGUUUGCCGGCACGGCGUGAAGCUCCGUUGUGGUGGUGGAUGACUCCUGCGCCGUUGGAUUUCUGUGAAUGUGCGUUAGGUUGCAUAGCGGUGACAAUAACGUAUGCAUCAACGGUUCAGAUGUUGCAUAAUUUUAUGGUAAUUUGCAGUGCGGUCUUUACGAUCUUGAUUCUGAGGUACCCGCUGCGUGUGCACGAGUGGUUGGGAUCUUUGGUGGUGACGGUGGCGUUGAUAUUAUGUGGCAUCCCCGCAUUACGAAACCCAGAAGAGGCGACGGAGGUGCACAGCGAUUAUCAAUGGUUGGGUAUUUUGUUGGCUUUAGUGAGCACGUGUGUGCACUCGUUGCAAAAUAUUUGGGAAGAGGCAUUGUUCCGAAAGUGUGAUGUGGAUGCAACCGUGGCUAUUGGUUUGGAGGGUUUGACGGGUGCAAUUAUAUCGGGAGCGGCGCUGCCAGUAGUGCAGUGGACGGGUUACGAGCACACGCGUGAAGGUGCCCGCCAACUGAUCGAGUCCUCGCAAUUGCGUUGGGGUUGUGUGCUCUUCGGCAUCUCCUCCCUACUCAACAACCUCUGCGGCAUCGCCGUCACGCGCUGGGCCAACGGACUGCUGCGCUGCCUCUUUAUGUCACUCAGACCGCCCAUGGUCUGGCUCUGCGAAAUGUAUCUCAGUUGGAAUACAUUCGACUGGUACAACUUCGCCUCCAUGUUCGUACUCGCCGCCGGACUCUUCAUCUACAUGCUCCUCCCGCCCCUUGACCGAUUCGGUGGCGAUGCAUUCCUCACACCCGUCACCUUCGGCAUCCAAUCCUGGUGGCGCGAACAACCCACGGCUAACCCGCCGUUCGCGGAACUCUCCAACACCGAGCGACCCGAGACAGGACUCGUCAACCCCCAGUCACCAUACGUGCCCUACGAAGGCGACGAACGAGAUGGCAUCGCCUACGGAGGCCACGACGCCCACAAACCAACACCCAUGACCUCCACACCCGUCGUGUGA